CGUACUCAACCCUCAAACAUCUUAAAUAAUGACUAUAAUAAAUCGCUCAAAACCAUUUGUACUUCUCAUAGGAUUCUUUAUCUCCAAUUUGCUAUUAUGGAUCUCACAAGCUGCCGUUGUUUCAUCAGGAGAUUUUAACAAAGACUUCUUCGUGACAUGGUCUCCUACCCACGUUAACACCUCCAAUGAUGGUCGAUCAAGAACCCUUAAGCUUGAUCAAGAAUCUGGAGCUUCUUUUUCUUCCAUCCAGACGUUCUUGUUCGGGCAAAUAGAUAUGAAGAUCAAACUUAUCCCGGGAAGUUCUCAAGGAACCGUGGUUGCUUAUUAUAUGUCUUCAAAUCAGCCAAACCGGGAUGAAAUUGACUUUGAAUUCCUAGGAAACGUUAACGGGCAGCCUUACAUUCUCCAGACAAAUGUCUAUGCCGAUGGAAUUGAUAACCGCGAAGAAAGGAUCCAUCUCUGGUUCGACCCAACCAAGGACUUUCACACUUACUCUAUCUUGUGGAACACUCACCAAAUUGUAUUUAUGGUGGAUCAGAUUCCGAUAAGAUUGUAUAGAAACCACGCGGAGAAAGGCGUAGCCUACCCAAGGUUCCAACCUAUGAGUGUACAGGCGAGUCUAUGGAACGGUGAGAGCUGGGCUACACGCGGUGGGCUUGACAAGAUUAAGUGGUCAAAGGGUCCAUUUGUGGCUUCCUUUGGGGAUUACAAGAUAGAUGCUUGUGUUUGGAAAGGCAACGCAAGUAUGUGUAAUGGAGAGAGCAAUGAAAACUGGUGGAACAAGAAUGAGUUCAGUUCUUUGACAAGAGUGCAAAAGAGAUGGUUUAAAUGGGUGAGGAUGUAUCACUUGAUUUAUGAUUAUUGCCAAGAUAAUGGAAGGUUCAAUAACAAGCUACCCAAGGAAUGUUCUCUUCCAAAAUAUUGAAUUUGCUCUUCAGCUUUUUAUUUAUUUUUAUUAAUUUAGGCGUUGAAUCUCUUUUAUAAAUUUGCUUGUGUCGU